GCUGAAGAUGGCGAGCCCCGCGCCCGCCCGGCCCGCGCAGGGAGGAUGCCCGGCGCCCGCGGCCGGCGAGCAGGCGCCGCCGCCCCGCGAGCCCCCGGAGCAGCCGGAGGGCGCGCCCGAGCCGGGGGCGGGCGCGGGCGCGGGGCGGCCGGGGCGGGAGGCCGCCGCCGGGGUGGCCGCCGCCGUGACCUGGCUGCUGGGGGAGCCCGGGCUGUGGCUGGGCGGCCGCGCCGACGAGCUCCUGAGCUGGAAGAGGCCGCUGCGCAGCCUGCUCGGCUUCCUCGCCGCCAACCUGCUGUUCUGGUUCCUCGCGCUGACCCCCUGGAGAGUGUAUCACAUGAUUUCCGUCCUGCUACUUGGGCGUGUUAUUAUGCAAAUUAUACGGGAGAUGGUUUUGUCAAGAACCAGAGGGGCGCAGUUGUGGAGGAGUCUCAGCGAGAGCUGGGAAGUGAUCAAUUCCAAACCAGAGGAAAGACCCAGGCUCAGCCACUGUAUUGCAGAAUCAUGGAUGAAUUUCAGUGUAUUUCUCCAAGAAAUGUCUCAUUUUAAACAGCAGAGCCCCGGCAAGUUUUGUCUCCUGGUCUGCAGUGUGUGCACAUUUUUCACCAUUUUGGGAAGUUACAUUCCUGGGGUUAUACUCAGCUAUCUUCUACUACUGUGUGCAUUUUUGUGUCCGCUCUUUAAGUGUAAUGAAAUUGGACAAAAGAUAUACAGCAAAAUCAAGUCAGUUUUGUUGAAACUAGAUUUUGGGAUCGGAGAUUAUAUUAAUCAGAAGAAGCGUGCGCGAUCUGAAGCAGAUAAAGAAAAAAGCCACAAAGAUGACAGUGAAUUAGACUUUUCAGCUCUUUGUCCUAAGAUCAGCCUCACUGUUGCUGCCAAGGAGCUGUCUGUGUCCGACACGGAUGUAUCCGAGGUCUCCUGGACUGACAACGGGACCUUCAACCUUUCAGAAGGAUACACGCCACAGACAGACACUUCUGAGGAUCUCGACCGACCUGGUGAGGAAGUUUUCUCUCAAGACCUUUCAGAUCUUCCAUCUCUAGAAAAUGGCACAGGAACCAAUGAUGAAGAUGAAUUAAGCCUUGGCUUGCCCGCCACGCUCAAGCGAAAAAAGGAACAGCUGGAGAGCAGUGUCAGACCCGGCAAAGAAAGGCCGCAGGCUGCUGGUCUUACCCUUCCUCUGAGCAGUGACCAAGCAGCUCACUUGGUGAGCAGCCUGGCUGGGGAGGUGAUCACGGCUGCAGUGGCGGCUGCUGUCAGAGACCAGUUAGAGGGUGUGCAGCCAAUGCUUUCUCGCGCUGCCCCCAGUCCGGGAGAGGACACAGACACUGAAGAAGGUGAUGACUUUGAACUACUUGACCAGUCAGAGCUUGACCAAAUUGAGAGUGAAUUGGGACUUUCAGCAGACCAGGAGGCGGAAGCACAGCAAAGUAAGAAGUCUUCAGGCUUCCUUUCAAAUCUGUUGGGAGGCGGCCAUUAGUCUGGGAGUUGACUUGUACAACAGAGCACAGAUAAACUACCAAAAAAUUUCAAACAAG